UUAGAAAAAUAUAUAUUAACAAAUUCCUUGCCCCUCUCAUGUCCCAGGCCCUAUUCUUUCUCAGCCUGUUGGCGGUUCUUUUUCUCUUGUUCGGUGUUUACCUGACAUGAAACAACUCCUGCACUUGGUGCAUACCAGCUCUAUCAAUCUCAUCAGUUUUGCAGUGGUUUAUAAGCAUUUGAACACUAAGACAUUGGUUUGUCCCACCCUGAAAGCAAUGGGGUCUCAGAGACUUUUUUCAAAUUCUUCACAACCCAUGUUACCAUUUGUUGAGGAAAAGAAGGAUAUGAAGCUUAAUAAAGGGUUGGAAGCAAGUCCAGGUUCCAAGAAGCAUGUUAUUAAGGGAAAUGAUGCUAAUAGCUAUUCCAUUGAGAUUGAGAGGUUAAGAAAUGACCCCUCCAUUGUAGACACAAUGACUGUUCAGGAACUCCGGAAAACCUUGAAGAGUAUCAGGGUCCCUGCCAAAGGUCGUAAAGAAGAUCUUUUGUCUACGUUGAAGAGUUUCAUGGACAAUAAUAUGGGUGAACAGCAUCCUCAAAUAGAAGAAGAACACGGGCUGUUGAUUUCUUCUGAGAAUACAUCUGUCGAAGUGAAAACUAAAAAGGUAGAUGAAGACCAUGUUGAUGAUAUCAAUGACAAUCCAGAGGUAUUUGAACAUAGCCGGGGUAAGAGAAGGUUAAAACAAUCAGGAUCUGAGAGUGAAACUGUCAAAGUUACAACCAAGAAGAAGCUGUUAGUGGAAUCAGACGAGGUUUCAGAUUUUAAGCCUUCUAGGGCAAAGAGAAGAGUAUCUUCAGAUAUUGUCAGGGUUGUUUCACAGUCAGAUGAAAUCAGUACGACCACUAUUCCAACUGAACCUUGGACUGUUCUUGCCCACAAGAAGCCUCAAAAAGAUUGGAUUGCAUAUAAUCCGAAAACUAUGCGGCCCCAACCUCUUACUCGGGAUACAAAAUUUGUCAAGCUUUUGUCUUGGAAUGUCAAUGGAUUGAGAGCAUUGUUAAAACUAGAAGGGUUCUCAGCCCUUGAACUUGCCCAAAGGGAAGACUUUGAUGUAUUGUGCUUGCAAGAGACUAAACUGCAGGAGAAGGAUAUUAAUGAAAUCAAACGGCAGUUGAUAGAUGGCUAUGAGAACAGCUUUUGGACUUGUAGUGUUUCUAAACUUGGUUAUUCUGGAACAGCAAUAAUUUCAAGGAUAAAGCCACUUUCAGUUAGAUAUGGCCUAGGUAUAUCUGAUCAUGAUACUGAGGGUAGACUUGUGACCGCAGAGUUUGAUACAUUUUAUUUGAUAUGUGGAUACAUCCCCAAUUCUGGUGAUGGCUUGAAAAGACUGUCUUACAGGGUGACUCAAUGGGAUCCUUCUCUCAGCAAUUAUUUGAAAGAGCUGGAAAAGACAAAACCUGUUGUUUUGACUGGGGAUCUGAAUUGUGCUCAUGAAGAGAUAGACAUAUAUAACCCUGCUGGUAACAAAAAAAGUGCUGGGUUUACAGAUGAAGAAAGAAAAUCAUUUGCAGCAAACUUCUUAUCUAGGGGAUUUGUUGAUACCUUCCGUAGGCAGCAUCCUGAUGUCGUUGGAUAUACAUAUUGGGGCUAUCGGCAUGGUGGGCGCAAGACUAACAGAGGAUGGCGUCUUGACUAUUUCCUUGUCUCAGAAUCCAUAGCAGACAAAGUUCAUGAUUCAUACAUUCUCCCUGAUGUUAUGGGUAGUGAUCAUUGUCCUGUUGGCCUCAUUAUCAAGCUUUAGUUCUAUGAAUGCAGCACCCAGUCUGAAUCUGUAAGGAAUGUUUGCUUGAAAUUGUAAUCUAUGAGCAAGCAGGGAUUUUACAUUUUUUUUGUCUGGCUUGCGUCAUCUUUGAAAAUUAGCAACCUUGUGCAUUCUAAUCCAUGAUUUCAACCAA